AUCGAGCAAUAGAUCUCUCUCUUACUCUCACCCUUCAUCACAGGACAAGAUGGUGGGGUCCAAGUAACUCUUAACUCGUUGUCCGACAAUUCGACACGUAUCGUUUAUCCUGAUAUGUUUCAGUACUAUUGCCCCCACCGAAUCAUUAUCUCCUCUCGCUCCUCCCCUGUGUAAUCUCUCUGCUGCUUCCCUCUAGCCUCUUGUCGCUUUCUGUCUGAACCUGGCAAAGAAACCCUCAGCCUCUCUUUCUUCUUUCUCUUUCUUUGUGUUCUCUGUUCUGUUACUAACUUUCUUCUCUCAGUUUCUGUACAAUUUCCUUUUCUAUAGAGAGCAAAAAAACACCCCAUAAGGUUUGUGUAAGGAGAGAGAAUCUUUUGUUCUUCUUUCCCUUUUUUUUUUUUUUCUCUCCUAUCUAGCUCGAUUCUGUCACGUAUAAUCUCGCUAAAUCUUCUUUUCACUCAGAGGCUUCUAAAUCUGAUCAGACAUGGAACAAGUGUUUGCUGAUUGGAAUUUUGAAGAUAAUUUUCACAUGUCCACUAAUAAAAGAUCAAUCAGACCAGAAGAUGAACUAGUGGAGCUAUUGUGGAGAGAUGGCCAAGUAGUUUUGCAAAGCCAAGCUCGCAGAGAACCAUCAGUCCAAGUCCAAACCCACAAACAAGACACCCUAAGAAAACCUUACAACAUUUUUCUUGACGACCAAGAAACAGUACCAAAGCCUAAUAACAACGCUCUUCUUGAUGAUCAAGAAACCGUCUCCUGGAUCCAAUACCCUCCCGAUGACGUCGUCGACCCCUUCGAAUCUGAGUUCUCCUCUCAUCUCUUCUCUACAGUCAAUCACCUCGACAGUCCAGAGAAGCCACGGUCGAUCGAAGAGACAGUUAAGAACGAGGCUCAAGCCAUGGCUCCUCCCAAGUUUAGGUCCUCUGUUAUAGCCGUCGGGCCGAGCCAUUGUGGGAGCAACCAGUCUACGAACGAUCAUCAAGUGACUACGCUCCCGGUAUCUAUGACUGAUAGAAGCAAGAACGUCGAAGAAAGACUCGAAACUUCCUCCGGUGGCUCGUCCGGUUGCAGCUACGGACGGAACAACAAAGAAACCGUUAGUGGAAGAAGCGCAACCAUUGACCGUAAAAGAAAACAUGUAAUGGACGCGGAUCAGGAAUCUGUCUCUCAGUCAGAUGUACCUUUGACCUCAACCGAUGAUAUUCAAGUCACAGGAAACAAAUCGAGCCAACGGUCUGGAUCUACACGAAGAAGCCGUGCAGCCGAAGUUCAUAAUCUCUCAGAAAGGAGGAGGAGAGAUCGAAUCAACGAAAGAAUGAAAGCUCUUCAAGAACUCAUACCUCAUUGCAGUAAAACAGAUAAAGCUUCGAUAUUGGAUGAAGCAAUUGAUUACUUGAAAUCACUUCAAAUGCAACUCCAAGUGAUGUGGAUGGGAAGUGGAAUGGCGGCGGCAGCAGCAGCAGCAGCAACGACUCCGAUGAUGUUUCCAGGCGUACAAUCAUCACCGUACAUUAAUCAAAUGGCUAUGCAGAGUCAGAUGCAAUUGCCUCAAUUCCCGGUUAUGAACCGGUCAGCUCAACAGAACCAUCCCGGUUUAGUAUGUCAAAACCCGGUUCAACUCCAGCUCCAAGCACAGAACCAAAUCCUAUCGGAGCAGCUAGCUAGGUACAUGGGCGGUGGGUUCCCUCAGAUGCCGCCGGCGGCGAAUCAGGCAGUGCAACAACAACAACAGCCAACGGACAUGAUGAGAUUUGGGUCUCCAACGGGACCGCAAAGUCAACUGUCGGCACCGGCUUCCACCGACAGUCUUCGUAUGGGUAAAAUAGGCUGACGUGGCGUAUAACAUUUAUUUUUAUCGGCGAUUAUUAUUAUUCUUACGGCAUAUAUAUCCCAUUUUUAUUUAUUUUUGGUCGGGAUGAAAAAAAAAGCUUUAAAACAAAUGUAUUAUAUAGAUCCAAUAAGGUAGCGUUAGCGUCCAUACUUUAUGUAUAACUUAUUUAAACAGUACAAUAAUAUAUCAAUCAAUCAAAUGUUGAGAAAUAAGAACAAACAUACAUAUA